AUGAAAUACGGAUUGGUUUUGUCAGUGCUGCUGUUGAUCCUUUUCAGCAGUUUGAUUGGGGGACAAUACAACUACGCGAGCAGCCUGACAGGAACCGGAAUCAGCAGCAAUACGCCCCGGAUUUGCGUCCUGUCGAACUGCAACUACUAUGGGACCACAAGUGUCUGCGGCCGUCUUGGUAGCUCCAAUCUCUGCAAGCGUUUCAGAAACAACUGCCUAAUGCGCUACGAGACUUGUGUCAAUCGCAUAACCUACACCGCUGUAUCCAUGAGCUUCUGUUCCAAUAUAGCAGUUGGCAGUCGAAGGCAAUGCUCAGGCAGCUCCUCCUCUUCCUCAUCCAUUUUUGGUACUGGCUCCACAUAUAAUUCAAAUGUUCGGCCAAUUGUUAUAAGAACCCGUCGCGGUUAA